AUGUCCCGCAACUCGCAGAGGCGGCAGCACACGGGGCCCGCGGCGUGGCCGCAGCUGCACUCCUUUAGCAUUGGCCUGCGAGGCAGCCGGGAGCUCAGCGCUCGGCUCGCCGUGAGUCACUUCCUCGGAACGGUGCACCAUGAGUACGUCUUUACCGUUGAAGAAGCCUUGGACGCUUUGCCUGACGUGAUCUACCACUUGGAGACCUUCGAUGUGACCACCAUCCGCGCCUCAACCCCCAUGUACCUCAUGGCCAGACGAAUCAGGGCCACGGGGGUGAAGAUGGUCCUCAGCGGCGAGGGCGCCGAUGAGAUCUUCGGAGGCUACCUCUACUUCCACAAGGCUCCCAACGCGGAGGAGUUCCAUGCCGAGAACGUCCGGAAGGCGCGGGUUGUUUUGCGGAAAAGAAACCGCUGGGGUCCUGCCCCAAUGGAACGUCCAAGUCAUGGGGUGGUGGUGUCCUGUGGGCGUUUUCUUUUUCUUUUUUUACUUUUAACUUUUAAACAUCCUAAAGGCCCCCAAGGUGGGGAAACUCAUAUGUUGAUGUCCUCUUGCCCGGAUGCACUGAUUGCCACCUAUUGUCAGGCAGUCAAAAAUCCGUCUGGAUUGAAGCUUUUGGCGAGAUGCAACGCACCCAGAAGCGCUCCUAGCCACUGGCUGUUGCUUGCAGUUCUGACUCCAAAGUGA